ACUCAUCACUGCGGCUGCGCUGAAGGUAGACAGCUGAUAACUCAUCUAUUAUGCUACUUCGCUAAAUAAAAAUCUCCCUGAAAACGGACCGGAGCCCGCCGCUGGACCCAUCGGAGGACCCAAACACAAAGUAAACACCUCCCCGUGCCGGGUUAUAAUGUUAUCGGCAGGUUAACGGAGCUAAGGGGGGUUUUCUGUGAGUGUGUGUCGGUGUGUCGGAGCCUGACUGUCCGCUCGGCGCCUUCAGACAAAGCUCAGCUAACAGGCUAACGGCUCAUUAGCUAACCAAACACCGAGCGUUUAUAACUGCACAGAAUGACGCCAACGCGCGUUGGUAGGAUCUUUAUUCGUGUCAUUAACAGACAAAAGUUGAUAAUUAAACCCCAGCGUGUACUAAGGCACCUCUCCUAUCGACUUAAAACAGAUUAAUUACACUUUGCGUCCUCGGUAAGUAGCCUAGCUCGGUUAGCCACCUAGCUUAUAUUCGCUUGCCCGCCAUCUUUUUAAAGCAGGAUAAAUGGGAUGUUUCGUUAGCCUGCAAAACACUCACAGCCAGGCAGCAGCGGCACACAGCACGGAUUUGAAGCCUUAAAUCAGUCGUAAAUUACCAACUAUGUAUACUUGACUGUGGAUGGGGAUGUUGUUGAGUGUAUUUUAGGAGUUUGUCGGUCUGUUAGCCGUUAGCUCGUCCGUUAGCCGCAGCAUGCAGGCGGACUCUAACAUCUGUGGAUCCGUGCUGGACUGGGCUGUGAUCCGAACUGUAUCGAGAAGGAUUAAGAUGUGUUUGAUGGCUGACAGACAAGUAGGAGGCUAGUUGAUCUGUUAGUAAACACUGAGGUGUGUGUUUUAGACCAGCUCAUCAUCUGGUUUUCGUGUGGUUCGGGAUCCUGGUGUAAAACACUCCGGAGGUCUGAGAGGGGACAUGUUUAUGUGCAUCAUCUCAGGUAGUGAUUGAAGAUUAUAGUAAAGCAGGAAACAGGGCUGCUGGACUCUGGUGGUUAGGAUUUUAGAAGUUGUUUUGACCAAUUCUGAGAACAUGAUGGUUGUGAAUGUCAGGAGCUGUUUUUGGGUGGCUUCCAGUCUUAAAGAAACAGGACUGUCAGGAUACAUUUCUGCUCAUGAAUGCUGUUUCUGCUUUGAACUAAGACUUAAAAACACAUCAUUCAGAGAGACAAAUAUACCUAAAAAUUUACCUCAAAACUUAACAGGGCUCCGCUACUUUCUCUUCUUGGUAUAAGUCUAAGAUGUCCAUAUGAUGUCCUUUGCCUGAGUCCAGUUCAUCUCUGUUUCACUGUAAGUAGCAGUGGCAUCCCUCAAUAUUUUCCGAUCAAAUCUAUUUUAUACGUCAGCAUUAAAGCUACGCUUAGUAGUGCUGUCACUUUUUAGUCUGAGAGGGGAAGCGCAUAUGAACAGUAAUAAGUUGUUUGACUCACAGUGUCGCCUGCCAUAUGAUCCAACAGGGGGCGCUCUCAUCAUAAUCUGGCCAUCCCUGCCCUCUCCACGUGAACAAAUACUGUAUUCAAUAUACAAAAUUAGAGGUCACUGCCAACCAAAGCUGCACCAAUGUACUGUCACGACACCCGAGAGUUGCUUUGUGGGAGUACUCUCGAUUGUACACCAUUGAUAGGAAAAUAAGGCAAAAAGAUAGCCAUAUGAAAUUGUACAAAGCAGUAAUUUAGCUUGUCAAUGACAAAAACUUUGUGGCCUCAUCUGUUGGCUUGCCACUUACCAGAGGUGGCAUAGGAGGCAUCACUGUGGAGUGGUGGAAUGGCAAACUGCAGGCCCUUGCCAGAGACCUGUAAAAAAGCUAUCACCAGGUAUACAAAAAGAUUUAAACAUAUCAUGUUACAUAUUUGUUAUAAUUCAACUUUUUGAAAAAACUUGACAGCGCAUAGCCUACACUCACUCGCUCAAAAGUGAAGCUACAAUUCAAAACAAUGCACACUGCAAGCCCUGUGAUUGGUCCACGGGGUAGCAUUGCAGUGCUUGCACUUACAAAAUUUAUGGAAUCGCUGUUGAUCGUCCCUUUUCUUCUCAGCAGUUUGAUUGCAUAGAAGUCUCUUUGCUGACAAGGGCUGUGUUAAUAGGCAAUGCAUUGCAUUAUAUUUUUCCCAAUUCAGCAUCAAUAUAGACAAUCCUGGAAUCAAUCCAUCCAUAACAGCUGGCUGUUGGCAAAGCAGCUGACUUGUUGCUUAACUACUGCCGACUUUUUUUGUUGUUGACUUCAGUUGAACAGUUUAAAUAAAAAGUUACCACCCCACUUUUCUAUAUAUUUUAGAGGCAAUUCUGCUCCUACUGAUUCAAGUCUGAAAAAUGGAUGAAAAAACGUCAUGGCAAAUUGUUUGCAUGAGGCUGCCAAAAUUCUGACAUCCAUACAGGGUGCUGUUUUGCACAGUUUCCUCUCUCUCAGUGGGGUGUAAAUUGCCUUUUAGACUUUUUACAGAUCAAUUAGUGUGAGAAUGUAAUGUUGAUCUGUGCUGUAUUAAACAUGCAGUGAAUCCAGUCUCACACAUGCUCCAGCAGACUAUUUAAUCUGCCAGUAUGGUAGACACUUUCUGACUGUCUUUCUGGGUCGGAAGUUGAAGCUCUGCUAUGUAUGUUCGGCCUUGUUUGGCUUGAAAGCACGAACAUAGAGAGGGCCAUGGGCUAUACUCUAUGAUGUAAUGUACUUUGUUAGUCUAUGUUGGGGGUAAUUCAACAGUAAAAUUCAUGUUGGAGUCAGAUUUCUACAAACCAAUUCAAAUAGUCCACAGAUGAUUGGUUGACUGCUAUUUUAUUGUCACUUUGUAUUUUACAUUUAUGGCAAGACCCCAUGAAUUGACACUGAAUUAAAUUAUGAGGUCCUUGAUCAUGCUAGGCUUGACUGCCGGUGUUGAGGUGCACUCUGAACUCGUAACAAACAAAAAUGUUUUUGAAUCAUUUGUAGACAUGAUUGUGUUUUAUCUCAGUAUAAAUAUGGACAUAGGCUCAACCCAGUACCUGAGUGCAACAGGACACUGCUGCAGCAUGUACUGUGUGCUAUGGCCAGGGUGCUUUUGUGAAGAGCAGACUGCAGCGUGUUGAAUACAGUGCAUUCCUUCUUUGCCACACUUUGUGCACUUAUUUGUAGCCAAACUCUCUUAGUUGUGGUUUGCCAUAAUCCACUUCUGACCACAUUUUUUACCUCAAAAUAAGAACCCAAAAGCAGAACUAAAUUCAAUGAUUAUAGGCCCACAAAUCUUGGAAAUCAAGAACUGUUAAAGUUGGAGCCUGUUCUCGAUCCCCCAAGCCUUUUCUUUACCUGAAUUUGUUGCACCUUGUAAAGGAAAAUCAUAAAGAAAACUGUAGUCAAAACCCAAAAGAAACCAACUAAGCUCAGCUUUUACUUCAGUGGUAAAAAUUCUGACUAACAUUAAAAUCUGUGCAUCAAACUGAGACUGAUGAUAUUGCUCCAUCUGAAUCCAAUGUGAAUCUGCUGGACUGAAGCUUAGUUGUCGUGGUAAAACAUUAUCUCAAGUUUAAAUGAAUAUUUAAGGCGUUGUCUUUCACCAAAUGAAAAGUGAUGCAUUGAUGAUUUCAGCCCGUCUUUUGGAGUAGGGAGGAUAGGGUGUCACACCAUUACAGAUUUUUGAUUUGAUGAUGAUCAAGGACACAGGGACAAGAACAGGGAGUUGGGGCAUAUUUAGGUGGUUUAACAAGAUAAUGUGCUGCUUUUCGGAGCAGAUACAAGUUUUACAAACUCUUAGUAUGUAGUUUUGUCUUGUUAGACGCUCUAUUUCCUCAACAUAAAACCUCACCAAACUUAUAAAGAGCUGUUACAGGGGGCAACUCCAGUAGAGUUCAAGUUGAGAUGACAUGCACAAUCCAACAAAAGUGAGACCAAACCUAGCAUCCCCCCCAAAAAAAAAAAUAAGAGUAGGUGUUGGUUAAGAGGAGUUUUUCACACGGUCUGUGGUUGUAAAUCAGACUUGUAAAUAGGGCUGAACGAUUUUGGAAAAAAAUAUAAUUGCAUUUUUUUCCCCCUCAAUAUUGCGAUUUAAUAUGUUAAGUAUUUUUUUCAAGGUCCUCUUCUGAUGUAUUUUUCAACAAACACAAACAAUAAAUCAAUCUGUUUUAUUGUAAACAAUAUCAGAUUUAUUAUACAUAAAUUGUUCUUUCUGACAAUUAUCAAUUCACACACACACAGGCUCUCUGCUCACACACUAUUGCUCACACACAUGCAUGCGCCAUUAUAUACGUCAUGAUGCUAAUCUACAUACCAAUGGCAAGAUGUAAUCUGUGCCCAAAACACUGGAGUCGGGUCUAUUCAUUCAGCUGUGCUCUCAUCAUCGAAUUGGAUGCGUUUUCCGUCGUUAUGCAAACGUGGUUUGAAGUUGAAGCGCUGGUCGCAGGUGUUUUAGCCAUUCAACUAUCGCACAUGGCUUUGUUGCGUUUUUUUAAGCGUUGAUAAAGGUUUGUAGUGUUACUUCCUGAUGUAGCAGCAGCAGCAUGACAGUUUCUGCACAUGUUGCACAGCAGCAUCUUUUUUUGCCAAAAUAAAUCCACACAACUGCCGUGCUGCUCCGCUUUAGUACUAAACUUUCUGCAGGUUCAGCUUCUGGGGGGGAGUUAGGCCAUGGUGCGACAGAGUGCAGUGUUGACUCUAUUAUCAGCUCUGCUCCGCUCGCUCGUAUGUCAUGUGACCAGUCAAAAUCGCAGCCUUUGCAGAUGGAAAACCGUGUUUUAUCAUUUCGCGAUGUAAUCACAAAUGUAGUCAAUCAUUCAGCCCUACUUGUAAAGUAAACCCAUUUGGAGGUACAACUUAACGACCUAAAUGCUGACUUUGUUUACGUUUCUGUGACCUGUUGAAUGUAGUUGUAAAGAGGAUGACCUUGGGGUCCCAAGUGCUCAGACUGGAGACCUUAGCUCCUCUGAUAGACAGGUGACCCUGAGAUGUAGGUAUCAACCAGAGAAACUUGUUAAGCCAGGAUGUUUGAGCACGUUAGUCACGGCGCGUUGACUUGCUGGAACAGGAUGGGUAUGAAUGCUUGUGUUGUGUGUCAUUAUUAAUUAUAAAAUAAGCAAAUCCAUAAAUAAAUAAAUAAUACCAUAAUAUCCAGGAGACAUUGUGCCAGCAGAUAAAUUUAAUUGCCAUGCUGUGGGUGAUUGUCAUUCAGCCAAUCAAAGGCAGCCAACAUGUUAGUGGUUGAAUUCUGAUGGUUGAUCUGCAUGCAUGUGAUCUUUCUAUUUUGUCUUAAGAAACCAGACAAAGGUGUUUUUAUUAACUAAAAGAGAAAUUUAUCAUGUGUGCCACCAAAAGGUCAUUACAUUCCAAACAACAUAGUGUGUUGUUACAGCCAAAUCUACAAAAGGACAAAACUUUGGUGCAAAUGUGCAAUCUGAGCCGCCUUUGUAGGGCUGAUAUCAUGGACCUGAAAUUGAAACCUGCCUUUGUGUUUUCUGAAAAAGUCAGAUUGAAGUGAUUUAAAACUACUUUGGGAAAGACGUGGAGUUAAAAGUCGAGUUUUGUUUUCCUCAGCUCUGUGCUGUGGGGUUAAUUAACAAGAAAAGAUGGUCUUUGUGAUACUUUGUAUCUGUUUUCUGCUUAACAUUAGUUUAGAAAGUUAUUACCAUUAAACUGAUCAGUAAGACUUUAUUUAUGGUUGACUAAAAAAACAGAGGUGUGUCCUCAUUGCAAAAUAUAUCAGCUGUACCAUGAGCCUAUGCUUUCAUUCCAGACCUCACUAUAUAAACUCUUAUCCGAUAAAAUGCAGAAGAUUAUCUCCAAAAGGGUGACAUUUGCAUCAGUCUACCAGUCUGAUUGAUGAUCGCUAAAGUGAGUGAUUAUCAGAGCAGAAGCUGUUUAAUACUCUGUCAGCCAUUGACUGUAUAACGCGUCCUUAGAGAUAUUACCUAUGGCUUGCUGGAGUGUCAAAGCCUUAAAUUGCUGCGCUGCCUGCACUGUUGCGCUUGUUUUGUCCAAUAUGAUGAAUGGAGCACACCCUCCUUUCUUUCUUUCUUUUUUUUUCUUUGUCUUUCUUCCUUCUUUCUUUCUUUUCUUUCUUACUUAUUCCUUUCUUUCUUUCUUUCCUUAUUUUUUCUUUCUCUCUUCCCAUAUUUUUGUCCUUUUUCUCUAUUCCUUCCUUUUUUCUUUCUUUCUUUUCUUUCUUACUUAUUCCUUUCUUUCUUUAUUCCUAUUUUUCUGUCCUUUUUCUCUCUUCCGUCCUUCCUUUCUUUCAUCUUUCUUUCUUUCUUCCUUUCUGUAUGUCUUCUUUACUUUCAUUUUUCCUUCCUUCUUUUCUUCACAGCAGGGCCUUUGAUGUACUUUUCUCUCAAACAGCUCUCACUUUAAAUUAAUUAUUAGCUCAGAUGGAUGUGCAACAAACCUGGGGAGCAUGAGAAAGUUGCAAAUCUUGCUAGAGUUCAUGUAUAUGAAGCAUGUCAUGCUGCAGCACUACAAACUAUCAGGUAGCUACGGGUGGGAGAGGAGAGCAGGGAGAGGAGUGGGAUAAGACAGUUGUGUGUCUGAAAAGCUAAGGGAUAAGAGAGAGGCUGUAGUGACCACAAGCACUAACUAGCUAAUGACUGGCUGCUAGGCCAAAGUAAGUGGCAGUACUCCUAAAGAUGCAAAUUUCAAGUGGACAUUUGAGGAACUGUAGCACUUUGAUGCUUGACUUUUGUAAGGCCUGAAGGUGUCUGCUUACACUGAACCCUUACGAGUAUUCCAUACGCUGUGCCACCAACAUUUCUGUUUUCAGAUGUAAUUUGAUAGAUCAGUAUUUUACUUCAUUACUUCAAGUCCUCCUUGAAUACCAUGAAAACUGAGCAGCUUCAGAACAGAAAUUUCUGGAGCUUUAACAAUUUACUGACCAAUCAGGGCUUCAAACUAACUUUUUUCACAAGGCGCACAUGUGCUCCUAGGGAAGGAGCACACAAAGAAUUUUAUGGGCACAAUAAAAACUGAUCAAAUAAUGUUUGUCUUGUUGGUGGACUUAAGUACCAGUCUUUGAAAUCAAUUUUAGGUCAGUUGGUCAUAUGACAUGGAAGCUAUUGAGGGAAAACAGCCUUUUCUGAGAACAUCAACCGGUAAUUUAUUGAUUGUCCCUUAUUCAACACCCGACGUCGACAGCGAGGAUGCCGAGUAGAUUUAACCACGCUGCUGUUGCUAUUUCCGGUUAUUGAGAGUGAGAAGACACCGGUAGAUCCACAAUGAAACUCCGUCCAAUAUCCAACCUAAAACUAACUUCACCACGGUAUUUACAUGAAAAAAAAUACAUUUCUUGCUUCGGCUGAUUUUUUUUAGCUGAUGUAUUUAGGGGCACAUGCACACAUGUGACCCUAAAUACAUUUUACAAUUCACACACAUCUAUUUUUAGUCGCAAAUGUGAGUGAAACAGUCACACUGUCGAGCCCUGCAAAUGAAUGACCAUCAUGUUACCUGGAGUGCUUAUGCAGGUUUUAACAAGUUUUUGUAGAGAGUGAUUAUUAUUAUAUAUUUUUUUUUUACUUAAGUAAUUACGCUUAUCUGAGUCUGUUGAUGAUUAUGCUAAAAUCUCACUCUCUUUCUCUUUCUCUCUCACUCUCUCUCUCUCUCUCUUUAUCAGGUCGUGCGAUGGGAGUUUGUCUCCUUUGGGGAAACAUUGAGCUGCAGGAUCAUCAACAUCAACACCUGAACUGAACACACGCGAACAAUCACCUGUGUGCCCUCACACACAUACACACACACCCUCAGACCACGGGGGAGUUGUUAUUUUUUUUUUAUCUUCUGGUUAAACACUGCUGUCCCACAGUGCAUUGCUGCGUCACCGUCGUCCACAAUGUCGGACGCCCCCGAGGCUGCGCCCCCCAGCCCCCCUCUCACCAACCCGCCCCCACCUGAGGUCACAAAUCCAACCAAACCUGGCAGGUAAGAACACUUGGAGUAAUCCUCAAACCCAUCCUAUUUUAUUAUCUACACAUCCUCUACAUCGCCUCAUACAUUGAUAUUUCAUCAGAUUUGCUUGCCUCAAACUGGGAAUCAACUUUCAAUCCUUGCGCACUGCUGGUCAUAUGAAGCAUUCCUGUACUCAUAUAGCUUUAUCUAAAUGUCCUUUUCUCCUGCUCUGCUUACGUUUUGGGACUUUUAUUAUGGCUUUUACAUGCUGUGUGUUCUGUAUGUUUGUGUCCAUCAGGAAGACCAACCAGCUGCAGUACAUGCAGAACGUGGUGGUGAAAACAUUAUGGAAGCAUCAGUUUGCCUGGCCUUUCUACCAACCUGUCGACGCCAUCAAACUCUGCUUGGCGGUGAGUUCACCUAAGUUUUCACAAAACAAACUGUAGCUUAGCUUGCUCUUUUCCACUUCCUCUGUUCCAAGCUAAGCUAACCUCGCCUGUGCUUCACUUGCACAUGUUUCCAGGACUACCACAAGGUCAUCAAGAACCCGAUGGACAUGGGGACUAUCAAGAAACGUCUGGAGAACAAUUAUUAUUGGAGUGCCAGCGAGGCCAUGCAGGACUUCAACACCAUGUUCACCAACUGUUAUAUCUACAACAAGGUACCAACACAAUUACAGGAGGUUUACUGCAGUUAUUCAGGUGCUGUCACUGAUACUGUGCAGCCUAACCUGCAGCCACAGGUUCAGGGGCCGAGUGGACAUAUGCAUGGUUGUAAUUCACAGAUGAAAUAUCUGAAAGUUGUAACUGUGAUACUUUCCAGUGCCACCUCUUCUUAACUGAUACAGUUGAUGUUUCUUGUGCAACUGGCGUUCUGUUUAGUUUUGCGACUUGGUUAAAAAUGGUUGUCAUCUUGGGCUUCAUGUUUUCAGGUCAUAGACAGGGAUAGGUUUGCCAUUGGAAUAGGCAGCAUGUUUUGUUCACCGAUAUGUAACUUUUAUUAUCAAUUUUUAAAAGGGGGUAUCUUGGUAAACCGAUAUCCUGUGUCCAAAUAAUGCACUCAGUACAGAAAUACUCUGUAUCACACCACUACUCUCUCCAUUUGUAUUAUCAGGGAUGUAGGAAAGAGUUUUGAUCUUCCAUUACUUAAUUUGUAAUUAUGAUUUCUAGAAAGGCUUACCUCCAUAGACUGAUGUCCUUCAUGAAAUAAUACUCCUAUGGGUGACAAACUCUAUACAACAAAAUGAGAAAAAGAUUGAAAGUAAAUAUUGAAAGUGAUACAAGAGUUAAAGGACCAGAGGUUUUGAUCUUGGAUAAGGCUGAAAAUCAUUAUCUCAGCUACAGCUGGAGGUACAUCUACGAGAUCAGACUUGGUCACUGAGUGUGAGUUCUGGUCAAAGAGUCAGUCGCAGCUAAGUGAGGAGGAAAUCUGAUUCAUGUAAUGUGUACCCAGCUGAUAGAAGUCAGGUUUAAUGAUAUUGUCCAGAGCAUCUUAUAUUUUUGUAAACGUGAUGUUUGUGUUUACAGCCUACAGAUGACAUCGUCCUGAUGGCACAGGCUUUGGAGAAAAUCUUUCUGCAGAAAGUUGCCCAGAUGCCUCAAGAAGAAGUCGCUCUGUUGCCUCCAGCUCCUAAAGGAAAGAACAAGAGCAAACAGCCCGCUGCUGCCACUACAGGUACUUUAGUGUGAUACCAGCUCUAAUUCUGCUACUCCUAAAGGUCAUCAUUGUUUAGGUGUUAUUACUCAGAUUGUAGUCACUUCAUGGAAAACCCAAAAAUGUAAGUGGAUUCAUGUAUUAACGGCGCUCUCUUGGUGUCUGUGUCUCAGUGAGUCAGCAGGCGGAGUCUUCAGCCUCCUCUCCACCCUCUUACCCGUCCCCUUCUCCCUCUCAAACACCUGUCAUCUCCACCACACCCACACCUGUCCAGACCACACCCCCUGUUUCUGCUCCACAGCCCCCGACAACCAUGAUGCCGUCGGCACAGCCUGUUGUCAAGGUAACUGAGUGUAGUUUAGGGCAGCUUCACAUGGAUCAAAAUAUAAUAGAGAACUUCAACUAGACUGAAUUUUGUGUUUCUUUGUCUCUCUUUACCUCUUUGUGUCUCCCUUUACUUUUCCGUUUACCUGUUUGUCUUUUCUGUUCUCACCUCCUUUUCUCUCUCCCCCCGUCCUUCUCUAUUCUUAAUCGUACCUGCCAAUCAACUUCUUCUUUGUCCACCCCCCAAAACCUUCCUGCCUCUCUUUUUUUGUCCCUACGUGCCUGUCUUUUUGCAUGUUUCUGGCUCUAACAGAAGAAAGGUGUGAAGCGGAAAGCCGACACGACCACUCCCACCACAUCAGCCAUCUCUGCAGGCCGUGCAGACUCUCCGUCCGCUCAGGACAACAAACCAGCCAAACUAGGCUCAUCGCGGCGUGAAGCCUCCGCCCGCCCCGCCAAGACCCGCAGGGAGACGGUGGAGGAGCUGGCAGGGGGCGAGGUGGGAGCAGGAGGAGGGGCAGUUGGGGGUCGGAAGGGCGGUAAGCUGGGUGAGCAGAUGAAGCACUGCGACGCCAUCUUGAAGGAGAUGCUCUCUAAGAAACAUGCAGCUUACGCCUGGCCAUUCUACAAGCCGGUGGAUGCUGAGGCAUUGGAGCUGCACGACUACCAUGACAUCAUCAAACACCCCAUGGACCUCAGCACCGUCCGGGUAACUAAUGCAUGAAUUAUUCACUGCAAACAGGCAGCAAGAGGGUGAUGGCUUCCCAAGUUGUAAAUCUGAUCUAGUGAAUGAAGUCUUCCACAUUUGUAAAGCUAACUGUAGAUAACGUAAACCUCCAUCCCUUUCAUUCAAGUUUGCUUCUUUGUUUUUUCUUAAGUUUUUACUUAUUGUAAAAAUUAGCUUUUAUCUAUAACAGGGGCUGCUCAUAACAGUAGGGCUUUAACACAUUUGGAACUGCUUUUUAGACACAAUCUGCAUUGUACAAAGUACCCAUAGAACGGGUUGGGACCAAUACAGUGUUGCACGUUAUGUUCAUAUUUCAGCAGAAGAAAUAUUAAAAAAAAAAAAAAAAACCCUCUGAAGCACAAGAAUGCAUGCAAGGGUGCUCAAGUUAUUUGCCCAUAUUCAGUAUGAUUUAGGGGAACCCUCUCCAUUUUUCCUUUUGCAUUAUCUCACAAAAACUUGCUUUUGGAGCGUUGUUGCAUUGGCUUGUAGAUGUGAAUGCAGCUAUGAGUGGAUUGCUCCUAUUUCUCCUAUUUCCUCCUCAGCCUCGUAACUUCUCCUGUCAGCUUUAAACUUGAGGAGCUUUCCUAAGAGUUAAAAUGCUUGAGUAUAAGUUUAUCUUUACAGAAAUCUGAUCUCAACUUCUCAGUUCUUAAGGUCCAUACACACCGGGGCCGACACAAAUAUAGAUCCAGAAUUACGAAAUAUCCAGAGGCAAAUUUUGAUGCGACUGACUAUACACAUCAAGCCCGAUGUGAUUUUGCGACUUUCCGGGGGGGGAAAGACGCAUCCGGGCAGGGGUGAAAGCAAGAAGACUGCCACAACACCAGACUGACUGUUUUGUAGUUCUGAUUAAACACUAGUGUUGAGAUGGCUGUCUGUCAUGAUAGCAUGUACUGAGUUGGGGCCAGUACCAGAUAAGCACAUUAAACUAUAAUCCAUAAAUAUAAGGUAACAGCCAACAGCUAAUGGUGCUGUGACAAUAACGCUACGAUUGAGUUUGAGACAGUGUUGUAUCUGAACAGGUUAGCUUACGAGCUAAAGUUACUUAGCACAGAUGAAAGUUAAAACAAAGACGUUUAUUAAACUGUUAAAGCACACAAACCAUCGUCAUAUGAGAGAUCCGAUGCUUUGACUCCCCACAAGUUGUCCUUCAGGUCGUUAUCUUUGUAAUGUUUGUGUUUUUUAUCAAAAAGCUCUAUGUUCUCCGACACGUAAACAAUCAGCCGGUCGGCCAUGUUGGAUAUACCGGUGGAUCAGAUGUCGCAACAACACACAAUCUGAUUGGUCAGAAGUGGACACACAGUAUGCGAAACUUCAGAAAAAUCGACUGUGAUCCGAAAAAAUAAAUGCCGUAAUAUCGCAGGACGGGAAAACAUUGCUGAUGUGAAUGUUUGUAUUGACAGGAUACGGAUUCGAAAAAAAAUAUUGACGUCCGAAAUAAUCGCACGACAAAAACGGUCCCGGUGUGAAAGGACCUUUUAGAGUUUGUCAUUAUUUCAGAAUUUCUUAGAAUUUUGACCCAUGGAGGAAUUGUUUAGACAAGGACCAAGUUGGUUGUUGCCGGAUUUCUAAAAUCUCUUCCUUCUUCCCAACAGAAAAAGAUGGAUAAAGGAGAGUACAAUGAUCCACAAAGUUUUGCAACUGAUGUCAGGUUAAUGUUCUCCAACUGUUACAAGUACAACCCUCCAGAUCAUGAGGUGGUGGCCAUGGCCCGCAAACUACAGGUACAUAUUACAUCCAGAACUGUUUCAGAAUCGCCUAAAGCCAGAUGAUCCCUGUAGCCCAAUCAUAAUCAUUCCUUCACUCUCUCCUCAGGAUGUGUUUGAGAUGCGUUUUGCCAAAAUCCCAGAUGAGGGUCUGGAAGCAUCAGUCCCAUCUACAACUCCAUUGGUCAGUAAAAGCACCGCCUCCUCCGACAGCAGCAACAACUCCUCCUCCGACGAAUCAUCUGACUCAGAGGAGGAGCGAGCCACACGAUUGGCUGAGCUUCAGGAGCAGGUUGGUGCUGCCGACCAAUCACAGGUCAAGAACAUCCUGGUUUUCUACUUUUUUAAUAUCAUUGUAGAUUUAUUUGAAGUUGAGAAAUUCUGGUGAUUGAUUCAUUUUUAUGUGCAAGGGUAGUGUGUCAGUUUUAAAUGCUUGAUUUAUAGAUUUUUCUGUGAUUUCCUUUCUGAAGGAGUUUCCAUAUGUUUUUAGAGGUGAAGGUAUUGAUAAUUAGUAUAUUUCAUCAGUUGAAGGCAGUGCACGAGCAGCUGGCCGUCCUGUCCCAGGCUCCAGUCAGCAAGCCAAAGAAGAAGAAAGAGAAGAAAGACAAAGAAAAGAAGAAGGAGAAGGACAAAGACAAAGGGAACAAAGGCAAGUUGGAAGAAGAGAAGAAACCUAAGGCCACCGCUCAACAGCCCAAACCAGCCAAUCAGAAGAAAGCGCCAGCAAGGAAAGCAAACAGCACGGUGACUGCCACAAGGUAUGAAUCCGGAAAAUAAGCUUUGUUUCUCUUUAAGUGAUCACAAAUUAAAGCCACUUCUUUUUUAUAUAUAUUUGAAUUAAAAUAUGACUUACUCUGUUUCCAGGCAACCCAAGAAAGGCAGUAAAGCUUCAGGCGGCGGCUCAGCCAACGGUGAAGAUGGCGAAGAGUCAUCCCUGCCAAUGACAUAUGAUGAGAAGCGCCAGCUGAGUCUUGAUAUAAACCGACUGCCAGGGGAGAAACUGGGACGCGUUGUCCACAUCAUCCAGUCAAGAGAGCCGUCUCUGAGGGACUCCAACCCCGAUGAGAUUGAGAUUGACUUUGAAACCCUAAAACCCUCCACACUCAGAGAGCUAGAACGUUACGUCAAAUCCUGCCUGCAGAAGAAGCAAAGGAAGCUACUGCGUAAGUUAACGCAUGACUGCCACUAAAUAUUUACUCUGUGAACUUUAAAAACCAAAAUGACUUUCCUAUCCAGUUAUCUAUGAGGACCUCAGGUCUGCACUUGUUCAUCGCCUUCUCUCAACUCUUGAUAUGGCUUUUACUAUCCAUUGGCUUGGACUGGCAAGGGUAAAAACUGGGUCAGGUUUGGCCAAGGUUGCUAGUUAGUUAUAACCUUUGUAGCUUGUGACAUCUUAGUGUGACCACAGUGAUUUUGAGACCGGCCCUUGAUGCAUUCAUACAUGUCACUCUCAAGCACAACCUCUGUGAAGUUCUGAGACAGCUGAAGUUCUUGUCCUUGUGCUCUUCAUAGAAAAGUAUCAAGAGAAAGGAGGAAGGAAUGGAACCAUGUGGUGGUUUACUUGUCUUGCAUAUAUCUGUGACAUGUUCUGAAGACAUCAGUAAUAAUCACUCAGGGAACCCCAAGUCCCACUUGAGGAUAUUUUGGUUUAACCCCUUCAUACAGUAUCUGCUACACUGUAUGGGCUAAUCCCAGGCCCUGCUUGGCUUCACUCAGGUGCAUCCAGAGCAGUGCUCUGACACACAUCUGGUACUGCUUUGGUCUGCUCAAGGGGUAUCCCUGACAGUGGACACAUGCCUGACACUGCUCUGAAGUCCCAGAUUUCAGGUCUGCUCAGGAGUGUGUCUCGCUCUGCAGCAGAAAUGCCAAGCGUUGCUUGUGAACAUCCUGUGCAACGGCUAAAGGUCCUUCACUGCACAGCUUGAGUAUAUCUGGCACUGUUCUAGUGUAGUCCUCCUGAUACGGCUUGAUUUUUAUUCCAGACAGUGCUAGAGUCCACUAGGAUAUAUCUCAGGCAGUGUGGGGGUACAUACCUGACACUGCUUGGGCACUAACAUGGUUCUGCUCCACAAGGCUUUAGUAUUAUCCCUGGUACUGUUCUGGUGUGGUCCUGAUACUGCUGUUGGAGUUCUUUUGGGGAGUAACUCAGGUAAUUUCGGAGAAGCUACUGGAGGUAGGGCUGCACAAUUUUGGCCAAAAAUAAAAUCAUGAUUUUUUUUCUCUGAAAACUCGAUUUUCUAUUUAGAUUUUUUAUUCAGUGAAACUUCACCAAAAUUUACAUCAAUAAAAAGUUUUUCCAUCAUCUCUCAAAAUGAAACCACUGAAAACGUUUAAGUGCGUAUGCCAAGCCAGUAAGUGGGGCUGUAACGCUGUCGAGGAAAUGCUAAAUAGACAUAGGAAGAGUACAGAGGUGCGUUUAAAGGUUGUUUUGGCCGAGCAGGCGCAGCUGCCAUAAAAGAGUUACGCUGUGUGUCACAAAAUUGUUUAGAGAGAUCCACACGGCAUCCACACAGAGAUGAAAUGGUAGUUGUUUAGAGAUUUAUGCACCCUCGUACCUGUUUUCAAAAAGUACUGUUUACAGUCACCCGAAUCACUGUUUCCGUGUGGAUGAAAUGCCAAUUUGACAAAAAACAUUUGCGCUUACUCCUGAUUUAGUUUCUGUAUGGACAGGUUGAUACCGCCUUCAGACAGACUUUGCAAAGCCGUACCAAUUCUACUCUACUGACUUGCUCUUGUUCUUAUUAGCCUCAUAAUAAUCGUCUUCUUUUGCAAACGCCAUGUUUGUUAAUACUGGUGUGUGUGAGAACUGGGGAGCGCUCGCGCAGGAAGAGGGAGCCUAUGGUGGCCUGGAGGCGCGAGACAUGAUACAGAGGACAAUUGGUUUGAGGAUUUAAUAUUUUUUUUACACCGUCAUAAUCAAAGAAUCCAAUUACAAUUUGAAAUUGAUUAAUCAUGCAACCUUAACUUGAGGUUAUCUCGUGGUCUGGUUAAGGUCCCUCUUCAGUUGUUGGGUCCAUGCUGGGAUUUUGUGUAUAUUUGUGGAUCUACUUGGCUUUAUGUAGGUGCACUCUGACCUGAACUAAGGUUUGCCUUUGGAACUGCUGGAAGUGCUUGUGUGUUCAGGGUCCAAAAAGGGUUCAUUCCUAUAGUUAAUUUCCUAUAGUUUAUUUUAUGCACUGUGAGAGUUUUCAGGUCAGUGCCAGGCCAACUCUGUCACCCGACAUUAUAGUCUAAAAUGAGCGUAGUACUGUCUCUUUAAGGACGAACAUGGUGGACAUACUUUUGAUUACUAACCCUCACCUUUCUCUUUCUUUCUUUUUCUUUCUCUUUCUUUCCCCAGAGAAAGCAGCAGGAGGUGGGGCCUCAGGAGGCGGGGCUAGUCGUUUGAGUGGCAGCUCCUCUUCCUCCUCUGAUGACAGCUCCUCAACAGGAACCUCCUCCUCCUCCGACACAGACUGAACAUACCCAAACACAUCAUACAUAUAAACACAUACAUGUUACUGAACACACACACAGACACAAACACAGAGGUUUAUCCACUCUACACACACAAACACAUCUAUACAGUUAACACAUGCAGACAGAGACUAACACACACACACAACCAUGUAAACUUUCAUCCUGAACAAACACUCACACAAGCAAAGGACAGAGAUACACACUCUGAACUUCUGAAAACACACCUCCAUGUACACACACACAUAGACAAACACAUCCAUCUAUAAACCCACACAGAUGAACACACACACACACUUACACAUACACACACACGCCCAGACUUGGAGACUGUAUGUAAAUAGGCUGACCUGUUUUUUAGCUCCUAGUGUUGUUUUUAUUUUUAUUUUUUUGUUCUUUCUGGAGGAAUGCAAAAAGAAAGAAGAGAAGAAGAAGAAAGUAAAAAUUUUACCUGGAAGAGAAGAAGAAAAAAAAGGAGGGAGAGGAGGAGGGAGACAUGUGGAUGAGAGACAGGCCACCUGUCUGCCUCUCUGUCUGGGAGACAUAUUGAUCUUCUCUGAACACUCACCUGUCGCUGUAUUGCCGGCGUUCUUCUUCUCCUUUUUCUUGGACGGCUGGCUGUGACCCCUGACCUCUGAAAACAUUCCAGAAGCAUCAACAGAGCAUCAUAUGAGAGGAGAGGAUGGUGACCUCAGUGGGUUUUACUCAAAUCUAUGUCUCCAUAGUGAUUGAUCAGUCACCUCUGGGAAAAAGAAAGAAAAAAACGAUUUCUGGAGUGAAUCCAAGGGUGACGUCUCAUGGAGUCCGUAAUCAGUUAAACUGUUUGUAUUUAAGCAGAAAUAUACCAGCCCAGAUUAUGGAGUUAAAACCUGCAGUUGUUCAUAAACACCAAAACUGCUUCGAAUCAAUAAUUUGGGACCUGAAACUUGCUGCAGAGAGAUUCAGGGAGCAGUGUUAGUACAGCAGGCUAAGAGUUUACAGUUCUUUUUGGUUUUAUCACUUGCUGAAAUAUUUAACCGGCCCGAGUGGAAAAUUUGAGUAUCUGCAACAUUCUAUUGAGCUGUUGAUUCUGCUGAAGAUCUGUCACAGUUUGUUCUCAAGACAUCAAAAGCUAUUAUAUCAUGUUUAGUCUGUUAAAUGUUUUUAGUUUUCAAAUUAAGUUUUUCUGCAUAUGAGACAUCAACUUAAGCUCUUGUGCACACUUAAUAACUGUCAGUAGGAAAAAUGAUCUUGUGCACAAAAUAACUCAUGAAACAGAUAAUGUGCACACACAAAAAAAUUUGCAUGAAAUGAUCAAUUUGUCCAAAGUGUUCUUUUGUGCACAAUGUGGAAAUUUUACUUCUGAAGACCACAGGUUUCCAAAGAGAACAAAAGGAGGUGGUAAAGCUGGACUCCAGUCACCCCAAAGCAGCUUGAAUGAGCAGCACUGACAUUAACUUGGACACCAUUCUCAGAGAAGGUGACUAAAGCAAAGAUUUCACAUCCCUCUGCAGAUGACAGCGUUUGAUUUCAAGGUGUUUGUUGGUGUGUUUAACUGAUGCAAAUAAACAGUUUCAACUUUGGUGGCUUGAGAAAUAAGCCGAAAACGUCCAACCUCAGAUCUGAAUACAUGUCGGUGAGGAAGGUGCAUUCUGGUUCCAUGGGGAUUUUGAGUUUUAUAUCCAUGACAAAUUCAUGAUUUGACAAUAAAAGAUGUCUUAUUGAUGAGGUGUGACGUCUGAAAUCGCUAAAACGACCUUUGUGUAGAUGUCUGCAAAUACCUGAAAUUCUAAGGUUUAGUUUAUCAAGUUUUUCUCAACAGCCAAAACUGAUUUUCUUUAGCUGUGAUUGUCCUUCAGUUUCUCUCUGCACUAAGUUUCAAGUCUCUGCAGGUAUUUUUAAGAGGUGUUCGAGAUCUGAUGGAUGAGUUUAAGACCAUCUUUGGAGGGAAUAUUUGUGCUCCAAGAAUACAGGAUUUCUUCUAAAAUGGCAGCUGGACUUCUUCCAUCUUGGGCAAGCUGAACAAACCAUCCCUGCACAGAGGAGGAAGCCUAAGACUGUUUAUCUUCAAUUUGCAAUUAGUAGUGAAUAACCCCUCUAGAGGGGAGGUGAAAAGUCUUCAAGAUUGCCUUAACUAGUCCUGUUGCCAUUUUAGAAGAAUUCCUGAAUUGCUGUGACUCGGAUGAAUGUGAACCUUCAUAGACACAUAGAAGCAGCAGUUUCAUCCCUGCAGUCGGGAUUUUGAGUGAAACCCUCUGAGCCCUAACCUGUCCUCUGCUGGUCCCUCAACACCAACCCACAACUUACUGUCAGUCCCUGGGGUCAACAGUGAAGGAGAGGGGAAGGGGGUGCAAUGACCCUGAUCCUCUUUACUAAGCGCCGCCGGCCCUGUCAGCUGAAAGCGAGACAAACUUCUUUAAUUUUUUUUAACACUACAUUUCCUUUAUUUUUCAGUUUUGAUUUUUUUCAGGUUGUGUGCUGAACUUGUGUCUUAUAAGGUUCUCUAUAUAAAAAUGUGUUUGUACGUACCGCUGUCCUGCUCCACCCACCCACCCACUAAAACCCAGACCCCUGCCAAAAUAAAACAAAACCACUCAUGCUGUGCAGCCCCCACCCUGCCUCAGAUCCAACAAAGGUGACUGAUCAGUUCUGGGUUUUUGUUUGAAAUGUCUUAGUUCUUAAAAGGAUUAUUUUAGUUGAUUUUUCAGGGUGUUCAAACAUUACUAACAAAAGUAUAAGAAUGUUUAGAGAUUUCAGAAAAGCUGCAACUGCUGCAAACUGUCGCUGAGAGAAAAGCAGCUGUUUUAUUUUUAUAUCAAUUAUUUUGUCUUCAAAUGUCCAAAAUACAAAUUGUGAAGCAAAACUCUAUGGGUCGUCUUGCUACUGCAGCAGGAAGUGCUUUUCAAAGUAAGAGGUUGUUUUAAAAUCAUGAGGGAAAUGUUUUUUUUUUUUUUACUGAAUUAAGUGUUGCCCACUUUGUUGAUGAUUGCGGCUGAUAUCAGUGAUUUUCUGUUUGUGUUGCAGCCAAUGAAGAGGUCAGGGGGCUGGGUGGGUUUAAGGCGAUUUAAAGGGAAACAAAUCAAAAACAAGAUGCCCCAUUAGGGUUGAAGUUUGAGAGGCUGUGAUCUUAAAUUCUGAAAUCAUUUGAGGCUAACCUAAGGUUUUUUUCUGGGAGAACAUUUGAUUUUCCCACAUUUUGAACACAUCACACUCAGACAAACAGGGUGGGUGCAAGGGGCUGCGAUAGUGUGAUUAUCUUUUCCGUGUCCGAUCUGGUUUCGCUGCAGUGCUGCCGAUCAGAUCAAACAAUCCAAUCGAACCAAUCAGAUCUAACCGUGACUUUUCUGCUCACCUGUCCACCUGUCUGUCUCUGUUUCCAGUUUGAAUCACAGCAGGUGUGUUGAGGCUUCUACCUUUGAGCUCUGCAUACAGAAAAUUAUUCUAUUGGGGUUUCUCACUUGUCUUUUAUUUCACUAAUAGAACUUAAACUUUAAAUUUCAACAACUAGACAGAUUUUUGUGUUUGGGGUUGAGUAGAUGAGGUUAUUUUGCCCUCCGUUUUUGCCUCUCAGGCUUCUUUUAGAUCCUCCCUCCUCUGGGAUUAUGAACAUUACCUAUCUGUGGAUUAUUGGAGGACAGUGAACUUGGAAGUGGAAAUUUUGAUUGAUCAUUCGAUUACCUUUCUCUACAUUCUUAUAGCUGAUCUUCCUGCUCUUUUCAGUUCAAUUCUCCCUUUUCCCAAAGCGUUCAACUCAAUUUCAUGGUCUCCAUCAGCAGACAGAGUUGCUAAGUUGAGUUAAAGAUGGUUUAUAUGUUUGAUUGUGAUUGACGUCCUUUUACGGUAAUUUGUGCUUUUUUUAAGACUGAAAAACGUGUCAGAAAUCAGAUAGAAAACCUAACUUUUGACAUUAUGAACCUAAAUCUGUUUAAAAAGUUACAGGAUCCAUGAACAAAAAUAUUUCCCCCUGGUGUGACUGACAGAAAGAGAGGCGGACAGUCGGACAGCUUGUUGCCACAGUAACCCUCCUCUGUUUGUUUUUUAGUUGAUGGUCGAGCUUUGAUGCUAAUAGUUAAUUUUUGUAUUUUAAUAAGAAAAAGGAAAAAAGUGAUUUUAUGUAUUUGCAUGCACUCCGGCCGUACGUUCUUUCUUCCGUAUGUUUGAGCACUGUAUAGUAGCUGUAUAGUAGCUGUCUGAGGUUUAGAUCUAAACUCCGCUCAAUAGAGUAGAGACACAAAGAGAGAGAAAGAGAGAGAGAGAGAGAGAGGACGAACCAACGAAAAAUCAACAAGUGAAUUAUUUGAUGUAAUUACUGAUAUGGGAUCCUUAUUUUCUGAGUUCCUUUGUUUUCAUAAAUAAACACAUAAACUGAAACACUGAC